GCUGUUACUUCAACAGGAGGGUGAACUGUGAGGCAAACAGCCGACAGGUUAAACACUGAAUUCUAGUCAAAAGCAAAAUAAAUGAACUGACACACUGAGUUCAAUCUCUCUGCUCCGUUCACAGGAGUGUGCACAAAGUUACACACACGAUAAAACACAACAUUGCAGCUAAAAGAUGAUGAUUGUUUGUCACAGAGCAUUUCUGUAAAUGUUAAACUGACGAGUAGCAUAGUUAUCACAAAUAAAUAAAAAAUAAAUAGAUGUGAUACAGGGUCUCGCAGAGCUCAUCAUGUGCAUAGAAACCAUUUAUCACCAUUGCCAAGAACUGGAAGAAACAGGACAAAAGUUUUCUGCUGUUAUCAGUGAAAUGAAGCAGAGUUUGAGGUUUAUCUUUUUAAUGAGUUUAUCAGAUAUAAGAAACAGCUUCCGUUCACAGGGCGACACAGAGGGUGAAGUUCCUGCCUCCAAACACACAAACUCAAGCAGAAGGUCAAAGGUCACCUCAGAGAGAGUGGCCCUGCUGGUUGUCUGUUCUCUCCUGGCAGCUGCUGCCAUUGUUAUUUACCGACUCUCUUUUGCUCAUUUCCAAACCAAGAAAAAUCUCCAGACACUGAGAGAAGAGUACGAAGCUGUAAAAAGAAACCUCACAGAGAGAAGCAACACAGUGAUGCCUAAAUGCCCAAAACAUCCUGAAGAAAUAAUCAAUGAUCCAUGUAUGAAGUGUGACAGAGGCUGGGAGCAACAUGGAGGAAAGUGCUAUUAUUUCUCCACCGGUUCUUCAAACUGGGAACAGAGCAGACAGUUCUGCCAGCGUACACGAGGAGACCUGGUUAAGAUAGACAGCAGAGAGGAGCAGAUAUUCCUGGCGAAUAUACUGAAAGAAAAAAUGAGAUAUCCUGAUGACAUGUUCUGGAUCGGACUGACAGACUCAAAGGAAGAGGGCAAAUGGUUUUGGGUGGACGGCUCACCACUGAACACAAGCCUGACCUUCUGGAUCAGUGGGGAGCCGGACAACUGGAAAGUGGAGAAUCGUGAUGGAGAGGACUGUGUGAGGAUGGGGGGGAAACGACAAACUCUGUGUUGGUGGGAUAAAUCCUGCGAAGCAUCUCAAAGAAAAAUUUGUGAGAAACAUGAGGAAAAUGGACAUUACGCUUUAACAUGUGUCUGAAAUCCAGUGAAGGUUGAGUCCUCAGCCAACUUAACAAUCUGUGGCAUGAUGAUGUUUUUGAUAAAGCUAAUGUCAAAUUCAAUGGAAACAUCUGCAAACAUUUAAAGGUUCCCUCCUGAUGCAUGUAAAAAAUACUCUGAAAAACAUUUUGUGUCUGAUAUGUUUUAUUUUUCUACAAAAACCUUCAGUUUCCUUGUUAAUGUUUCUUUACAUAACAUCUGCUCCUCCCUCAUAUAGAACCUAUGUAUAUUAAAUAUUGCUGGAAACAAGACGUCUCCUACUUCACUGUAAAGUCUGUUCUCAGUGUUUGUGACCUGGAGGCUUCAAGUUUCCACAUCAAACAUGUGCAAGUUACAUAUUUAAACAACGGCUUCAAACACGGCUCAGCUGAUUAUAAUCAAUCACUGG